GAUGUUCUCAACAGCUGACAGACGAUGAAAGCCUCUGCCAGAGCUGUCGUUGGAAGAGAGUAACCUCUCGUCGCUAGCAUAGACGGACUGAAAAUACUGGUCGAGCUUUUCUGGACUUUUGAGCGCUUCACGACCCGGGUUACCGUCAACCAGCUUGUUUUUUUAAAAUAUAGAUUAAAAAAAUAUUUCUUUUGCAUUCUGACUUCUCCUCAUUGGGAGCUGGGGACAUUUGCUUGUCAGCUAACUUCCACAAUAGGUCGCUGCGCCGCUGGACUGCUGCAUAUGUUGUAUUGGAGCUUAACAGUUUGACUCCAGCCCUUCCAGCCGAGCCCAAUGCUGAGGAAUGGAUAGUGUGUCUUCUAACGGGGGGAAGAUGGUCGAGAGUGAUGAGCAGCCGGAGAGGGAUAGUGGCGGCGGUGGCGCAGCGAUGGCCGCACUACAUCAAUGCGAACUCAUCCAGAAUAUGAUUGAAAUCUCCAUCUCCAGUUUACAGGGGCUACGGACCAAAUGCGCCGCGUCCAACGACCUCACACAGCAAGAAAUCCGCACUUUGGAGGUGAAACUGAUGAAAUACAUCUGUAAACAGCUGCAGUGCAAGCAGAAAGUGCCAGAGACAGAGAGGCCCGAAGCCCUAGACCGCUAUCCACACUUGCGAGGCUGGCUACGGACCAUAAAUCUACGACCAGAGCUUAUUGAGGCAGUAGCAGCAAAGUUAUCCCUGGAUGCCUUACUGCAGAUGACAGGUGCUCAGGUGAGGGAUACAAUGCGAAGACUAGGCUCCAGUUCAGAAGAAUGUGCCAGGCUCAGUGCUGCCCUCUCCUGUCUGAAGAGUGCAACUGAAUCAGGAGGGGAAAUGAGGGAAGAUGCCAGUUUGUGGUUUUCUGAGCCCACACGGAGGGACAGUGGCUCUCUACUGACUGCAGACCAGCUAUCAAACCUGGGGACUCCAAUCCGCGCUCACAGCCCCUCACCUCUUGCACGCCCAUCCACCAUCCACUCCACCCCUUCCACCCCCUGCGCCACAUUCCCCCAUCCCCGUUCAGGCUCCAUGUCAGCAGCACCCACGCCUGACGCACUGGCAUCACAUAUCCACAGCGACAGCCCUCUUACAGAUCCAUUCCCCAUGUCUUUCGCUCGCACGGCCAGGCUCCACGGACACAUCUCCACCCCUCCCAUCACCCCGCCCUCAAAGAGGCGUCACAGACUCAAGCCCCCCUGCACCCCUCCGCCUCCGUCCCGCAAAGUGCUGCAUCUGCUCCCCAACAUCACCCUGACGCGCAGCAAAAGUCACGAGUCCCAGCUGGGCAACCGCAUCGAGGACCCACCCACCAACAAGUGUGUUAAAAAGAACAAGUUGCUCCUGAAUAUGCAAGUCAACGGGAAUGGAUGUGAAGACACGCCUUCUCGUUACCCUGUUGUUUCGGCACGCACCCCUGGGGUAACCCCAGCAACCACCCCAGCAUCUUACACACUGCCUGGCACGCCCACCCUCCUGGAGGAACAUAGCACCUUUAAGAAUCACGGAGCAGGACAUCGCGGCUCUCCACAAGCAGUGAGGAGGGACAUUGGCCUUGCAGUCACACACAGGUUUUCAACCAAGUCCUGGUUGUCACAAACAUGCCAGGUGUGCCAGAAGAACAUGAUGUUUGGGGUUAAGUGCAAACACUGUCGGUUAAAGUGCCACAAUAAAUGCACCAAGGAAGCCCCAUCCUGCAGAAUCUCCUUUCUACCAAUUGCCAAAAUUCGGAGGACUGAGUCUGUCCCCUCGGAUAUAAACAACCCUGUAGACAGGCCGCAAGAAGCACCACAGUUUGGCACACUACCGAAGGCCAUUACAAAAAAGGAUCAUCCUCCAGUGAUGAACCAGCUGGACUCCAGCAGCAAUCCGUCCUCCACCACCUCGUCCACACCUUCCUCCCCAGCACCCUUUCAGCAGAACUACCCCCCCAGCGCUACUCCCCCACCCAAUCCCUCGCCCAAAGGCCAUCGGGACAGCCGCUUCAACUUUCCAGCUGCCUGUUACUUUCAGCAUAGACAACAAUUUAUCUUCCCUGAUGUCUCCAGUCCUGCUAACUUGCACCCUGAUGUCCUGCAAGACACUGUCAAUGAGACGGAGAACUUGGCAGAUGACAUACAUUCUGAGCUGGUAGAAGAUGAGGACGAGGAGGAAGGAGAGGAGGAAAUUGAGGUUGAAGAUGAAGACCCUGAAGCGGAGGAUGACAAUGAAGAAGAGGACGAGGAGAAUGAGGAUGAAGAAGAAGAUGAGGAUGACGAAGGAGACAUAAGAAUGAACGUUGGCUCAGACGGUGAGAUGGAUGGUGAUGAGCUUGACGAUCUGCCCAGCUCUCGAGGAAACCAGUGGAAGGGCCCCAUCUCCCGCAAGGCCAGUCAGACCAGUGUUUACCUGCAGGAGUGGGACAUCCCCUUUGAGCAGCUGGACCUGGGAGAACUCAUCGGGAAGGGCCGCUGGGGCAAAGUGCAUAAGGGGCGGUGGCACGGCGAGGUAGCCAUCCGCCUUCUUGAGAUCGAUGGGAACAAUCAGGACCAUCUGAAGCUCUUCAAAAAGGAGGUGAUGAACUACAGACAGACCAGGCAUGAGAAUGUGGUCCUCUUCAUGGGGGCCUGCAUGGCUCCACCCCACCUAGCCAUCAUCACCAGCUUCUGUAAAGGGAGGACUCUGUAUUCAGUUGUUAGAGACACUAAGAACACUUUGGAUAUCAACAAGACGAGACAAAUUGCUCAGGAGAUUGUGAAGGGAAUGGGCUAUCUGCAUGCUAAAGGCAUCGUUCACAAAGACUUGAAGUCCAAGAAUGUUUUUCAUGACACCAAUAAAGUGGUGAUCACAGACUUUGGGCUAUUUGGGAUCUCUGGAGUUGUUCAGGAAGGGAGGCGUGAGAACAAACUAAAGCUUCCUCAUGGCUGGAUUUGUUAUCUCGCACCAGAGAUUGUGCGCAGGAUGAGUCCAGGUAACAACGAGGACCGUCUUCCUUUUUCUACUGCAGCAGAUGUGUACGCAUUCGGCACCAUUUGGUAUGAACUUCAAGCUAGAGACUGGCCAAUCACCAACCAGCAUGUGGAAGCCACCAUCUGGCAGGUGGGGAGCGGAGAGGGCAUAAAGAAGGUCUUGGCAGAGAUCAGCCUCGGCAAGGAGGUCACUGAGAUCUUGUCUGCCUGCUGGGCAUACGACCUGAGAGAAAGGCCAACCUUCACCCAGCUGGCCGACAUGCUGGAGAAGCUGCCCAAACUCAACCGCAGGCUGUCUCACCCCGGACACUUCUGGAAGUCUGCAGAGUUGUAGCCGUCACUCUGAAUCAUAAGCAAUGCAAAACAAAGCCUGGGUCUGCCUUGCAUGCUCCUGUAUCCUUAACUCUUACAGGAUUGAUCAAAGCAUUGCCUCUGCCUGCAACAGACACUGCUUCAACUAAUCACCAGUCUGAUCUUCCAUGUCUAACCGAUGCGUUUUCUUUGUUGAGAUGAGAGGAAUUUGAGGAGGAGUGAGGCUUGCCCACCUUUAAUAUCUCUUUGCCUUCCUUUUGAUUUUUGUUACGUAUCGUUUCGCGGUACUCGGAGGUGCGUUUUUAAAAAAAAAACAACAAAAAAAACAGGCUUUGUGGUGUCUGUGCUGGGACUGACUGGUGUGCUGUGGUGUGUGCCUGCUGACGGCUCCCCUCACCUUCUCUGUGCUGCUGUGAUGAAGCUGCCCUGGACCACAAGGCCCCUUUUCUACCUGAAACACGAACGCAUAGUAAAACAAACACACACACACACACACACACACAGAUGGACCUAAAAUGUACCCCACGACCAAAUGGAUCACUUCAUUUAUCUGUGUUUUUCCCCCGAGGGGUUGACACAUGUUUGACAGGCUGCUUGAGUGAUGUUCCCAAACCCAACUGCCUCUCCGCUCCUCCCUCUGUUUUUUAAUGUUUGUGUGACAGCAUGUGCCUACCAGCCCAUGUCUAGACACAAUAUGCACUUUGUCAUCACUUCAAAAAAAAUAACCAUGAAAUCUGUUGUUGUUGUUGUUGUUUAGUUUGGUUUUAAAUAGUCAUAUUUGCAGUGUUUUCUUUUCUCUUCGGGAGGGUCUCAGAGGUUUGGACAGUGUGAUAUGCUCACUUUGUAUGUUGUCUUCUUGGAGUAUAAACUGCUGAAUUCACUGUAUGUUGGAUGCAUUCCGAAAAAGGGCACUGAUGAAGAUUUUUGUAUCCCGCCUGAGUGGAUGAAAUGAAAAGAAAAAAAGGCGAAAUAUUCCCUUCAUCCUCCACAAUCCACUUGGGAAUAGAAUAAUGCUGUUUAUUUACGAUUCAAGUUUUUUAAAAUAAUAAUGUCCACCCAUUGAGUGUAAAGUGCACCUUAUAGAGAUAUAAGUUAUUUAGAAAGAUCUGUCUGUGAUGAAGAGGAGUGUGUUCAUUCUCAGCGCAAAAAUCAGGAACCUGGCGCAAAGUGUCCUAUAUCUUCCUAAGACAAUACCUCUUGUGCGUGCUUGUGUAAACUGUUUGUGGUCGAUGGCUUCAGUUGGUGUACUUGUGUCUAUGUGUUACGCGUGUGGGUGCGCUUGUGACUGCGCGAGCGUGCUGUGUUGGAAUAAGUAGGGUUGGUUUUUUGUGAAAGACUGCAGUAAACGUCGUGUUGCAAAUCCAAGGCUAUGUAAUGUACAUACAUUAUUUAAUGUAUAGCAAAUGAACCUGAUUCUUCUAAUAUUUGUACAAACAUUUUAUAUGUAAAAUACAUCACAACAUUUUUGAAUAGGUACUGCUGUGUCUAUUACAGAUGUGUAUAUAUAUUUAUAUAUUUUUCAUGUAUAAAAUACUGUAUAAAAGCUGUACAUUUUUUUAGAAUGGGCCAAUACAUGUUUUUUUAUGUUAUUGUAAAAUUCAUAUUUUUGUAUUGCAUGUGACUACCAUUCUGUACACGCAGUUUCUGUUUUCAUCCAUGAAGGACAAUAAAAUGAGGCUUGUCAUGUU